AAUAACUUUCUGCACUUUUUUUCUACUAUUUCUUUGCUUUUUAUUUUAAUUGCUUUGCAAAAUGGACUUUUUUGGACAUCCAAACUUUUGUUUUUAUCAUUUUUCCUGAAGAACAUUUGAAAGCCAAUCAACAACCAUCAUUGGACAGAACUGUCUGAAGUGUAAAUAUCCACUUUCAGUCUUUGAUGGACAUUUAAGGGCUCUGUUCUCCGCCGAGCUCUGGGCGUUUGGGUUUCAGCAGGUUUGUGUUUCAGUAAAGGAUCUGUUCUGGCUGAGCGUAACAGUCACCGGAGGAUAGUGUUCUUAUCCUCCAGAUGUAACGUCCUUCAGGGAAAUUUCCCUGCGGAGCAACGGAUGAACCGAACGUCCUGGUACUAGCCGCCGAGACCAUGUACGUCCUGUGCACGCUCAUCCUGCUGUCCAUCCACAGCCUGUUCAAACGACCCACAGCGCUGGAGGCCCGCGAGAAUCCAGCUCGGGCUGAGGCUCUGGAGGACAGACAGAAGCCCAGGAAGGAGGCACUUCAGCUGGGCCGAAAGAAGCGGGCCAGACCCCCUCUGCCUGGAAGUUCUAGAGCUCCACACAGUGAAUGUAGAAACAGAACCGCUGGAGCCCACGGGCAGAGGAAACCAAGCAGCAGAGCACACCUGCAGAACACAGGUGACCCCUGCGAGAGAGUCCAGCCGGUCCAGCAGUGUGGUCUCCUCGGCCCGGCGGUCAUGUUCGGCACACGGAAGACCUGGGACCUCAGCCACACCCCCUGCCUGCAGGAGCUCUGGAACAAAGACCUCUCAUUGGAUGCAAGUUCAGUGGAUUUCCUGAUGAGCGAUGGUGAGGAGGAAAGCUCUUUCUUGACGUUGCCGAACACAGUCCUCCAGCGCCACUGCCUGACCUCUGACCUCCCAGAUCCUCAUUUAUCAGACCAGCAGCAGCUGCUCAUACAGAAGGUCACCUGGUCCUGUUCCUGGACGUCUGCCCACGCUCUGCAGGAGAAAGUGUGCGAGUUCCAGGCUCGUCUGUGUAGCGAAGACGCCACCAAACGACUGCUGCUCCAGCAACAGCAGACGCAGGAAGAGCACCAAGACCACCCAAACCACCCAAACAGUCACGAGCAGCCACACAUCAGCCUGCAGCACCAAUACACCAACCAGGAGCUUCUAGAACAGCCCAGCCUGCAGGAGAACCAGCUCAGACAAGCUGACUCCAAAACAGGUUUAAGACGAUCAAGAUCAAGUUCAGGAUCACAGCGGCUUCAGGGUCAUCCUGACAGUAACGGUUACCACCUUUCACUCAUCUCAGGGCUGCACACACAGAUUGAGGAGCUGGAGAAGAAGCUGUUGAACCAGACGCAGGAGGUGGAGAGACUGCGCUCUGAACUGGGGGCGACAGAUCUGGAAAAGCAGCUGGAGCUGCUGGAAAGUGAGAACCAGCGGCUCAAACAGGAGCUGAGGGCCAGCUAUGCCAAUGAGCCUGCAGCUACCUGCUCCACCUCCAGCUGCCCUCAUAGCCAGGAUGCAGAGGUGUUGCGGGCGGAGCUGUCUCGGCGUGAGGAGAUGUGUCGGGAGCGAGAGCGGCGGCUGGCGGUGUUGGAGCAGCAGGUGCAGGAGCGGACGGUUCUGGUUGCUCAGUUGCAGGAGCAGCUGGAGGAGGCCUCGCGGUACAGGCAGGAGAUCCAGCAGCAGUUGGACGAGGCUUUGCGGAGUCGGGCCGAGAGCGAGCAGCAGUUCAGCACUCGACUCAGAGACGCAGAGGAAGCUCUCAGCCGGCAGGCCGCCGCACCUCCACAGAUCAAGUAUGUGACGAAGACAGUCGAGGUGGAGUCGGCUCAGUGUAAGCAGGCUCUGGUGGAGGCUCAGGCACGUAACCAGGCUCUCCAGGAGCAACUUGGGGUCCAGCGGGAGCUCCUCCGUGAGCUGGAGCAGCAGCUGCAUGAAAGCCAAAGGACCAGCAGCCAGUUACGCCAACAGCUGAGUUUGGACCGGGCUCGGCUCUGCGGCCUGCUCUCCAGGGCUGUAGGCAAAGCCAACACAGAGGUCACCUGCAGGCUCUCCAAGAUCCUGGUGUAUGAGGGUGAGAUGGAGCGAGCUCAAGGCCAGCUGGAGGCGGAGCUACAGAAUCUGGAGGAGGAGAAGAACAGGGUGAUAGAAGAGGCUUUCAUCAGAGCUGAGAGUGAAAUGAAGGCUGUGCAUGAGAACCUCGCAGGUGUGCGGAUGAACCUGUUGACCCUGCAGCCUGCUUUGAGGACUCUCACCUGUGAUUAUAACUGUCUGAAGCGGCAGGUGCAGGACUUUCCUUACAUGCUGGAGAAAGCUAUUGCUGAGGCUAAACAGGAGAUCUGCCAGGUGAUUGGAGAAGUGAGCAGUGCCAAUCAGGAGCUGCUUCGCAAAUACAAGAGAGAGAUGAACCUGAGGAAGAAGUGUCAUAAUGAACUGGUGCGCCUCAAAGGAAAUAUCCGGGUGUUUUGCCGAGUGCGUCCUGUAUGUCAGGAUGAGGCGGAGUCGGACAGUAAGACCAUGGUGAGCUUCGACUCGGAUGACGAUGCUGUGCUCUACCUCUCCAACAAGGGAAAGCUGAUGACGUUUGAGCUGGACAAGGUUUUCCCUCCUCAGAUCACGCAGGACGAGGUGUUUCAGGAAGUUCAGUCACUGGUCACGUCCUGCAUAGACGGCUUUAACGUGUGCAUCUUCGCUUACGGACAGACUGGCUCAGGAAAGACCUACACCAUGGAGGGUGUUCCUGAGGACCCUGGCAUUAACCAGAGAGCCCUGCGUCUGCUGUUCUCCGAGGUUUCUGAGAAAAAGCCUGACUGGGAUUAUAAUAUCACCGUCAGCAUGGUGGAGAUUUACAACGAGACUUUACGGAAUCUUUUGGGAGACAACCCGAGCGAGAAGCUGGACAUUAAGAUGUGUCCAGAUGGAAGUGGUCAGCUGUACGUACCGGGUCUGACUGAGUUCUCAGUAGAGAGCGUGGAGGACAUUAACAGGGUGUUUGAACUGGGUCACAUGAACCGAGCGACGGCAUGUACGAACCUCAACGAACACAGUUCUCGCUCUCACGCUCUUCUUAUCAUCACUGUUGCUGGAUUUAACUCCUCUACAGGACACAGAACCUCAGGUAAACUGAACCUUGUGGAUCUGGCAGGUUCUGAGCGAAUCGCGAAGUCGGGAGCUGAGGGAAGCCGCCUGCGCGAGGCUCAGUGCAUCAACAAGUCUCUGUCAGCCCUUGGCGACGUCAUUAACGCUCUUCGCUCGCGCCACUCGCACGUUCCCUUUCGCAACUCUCGCCUCACGUACCUGCUGCAGGACUCUCUCAGUGGGGACAGCAAAACGCUCAUGGUAGUGCAGGUGUCUCCUCUGGAGAGUAAUAUCAGCGAGUCGGUCUGCUCUCUGAAGUUCGCACAGCGGGUUCGUACCGUCGAGCUCGGCCCGUCCUCUUCCUCACGGAGACACGCGGAGAACUCCUCAACGUCUUCCUCACCCACUCACGACAGUGUGGAGUUGGACUCUCCUCCAGUAACUCCGGUGCCCCUCCCCAUCUCCAGAGCGAGCAGUGCCGGCUCCACCCUCUCCUCCAGCUCCAAAAGCACUAGUACACGCCGGAGGUCCCAAAGCCAGCUAGCUACAGACAGACAGGUAGACAGAAGCAGCCCAUUGAUUGGGAACAGUGGGCAGGACGAUUGAAGGUAACUGUAUGAUGCUCCUACAAAGUUCUGAGAUGCUGCCUUCUGACUCCACCCACCAAAGAGACUCUUUCUUUUCUGAGGAUUACACCAAUUUAAGGACUGGUGUUUCUCAACGUGGGGGCUGGAGACCAACCAAACUGGCAAAUCAGGGUCCUGCAAGGUAUCUUUACGAACUUCUAGCGACAAACGUUAAUGAAACAUAACGUAACGUGACUUUACUUGACACUCCUCCUGUCUAAAAGACUGACUGAAGAAUCAUCGGCGCCUCCCUCUGACCUCUCGGCCACACCUGCUGGCUCAGGGAGGUGAAGACCUGACGAUUCCUUCGUUUCCUCAUUUUUUAUUUUAUUUUUUCCCCCUCAGUGUUUUGUGGACAUUGAAUGCACUUUAGAACAGCCUGAUUUUACCAUCCGUGGUGUUACUCUUAACUAUCUGCUCCCUCCUAACAGCAUCAAAUGACCGGUGUUGAUUUGUCUUUUUCUUUAACGUACAUUUGUGUAUGUCCCUUUUUAUUAUUAUUUUUUUUUUUGUUUUAAUUUGUUCUCGCAACCCAAGUUCCCUUUUAUUUUAAAACAAAAGAACAAAAACUCAUACUUCCAAAAAAAGCUCUGAGCUUUGAUACACUGAUCAAGUAUAACAUUUUUGACUUUUUUAAUUCAUUUAGUCAGCUCCACUGAUCAUAUAUAUAUAUAUAUAUACACAGCUCUGGAAAGAAUGAAGAGAGCACUUCAGUUUCUGAAUCAGUUUCUCUGAUUUUGUUAUUUAUAGGUUUAUGUUUGUGUAAAAUUAACAUUGUUGUUUUAUUCUAUAAACUACAGACAACAUUUCUCCCAAAUUCCAAGUAAAAUUAUUCUCAUUUACAUAUUGGCAUGUGUUUGCCGAAAAUGAGAAAUGGCUAAAAUAACACAAAUAUAUAUGCAAAGAAAACAAGUUCAUAUUCAUAAAGUUUUAAGAGUUCAGAAAUCAAUAUUUGGUGGAAUAACCCUUGUUUUAAUCACAGUUUUCAUGCAUCUUGGCAUCAUGUUCUCCUCCUCCACCAGUCUUACACACUGCUUUUGGAUAACUUUAUGCUGCUUUACUCCUGGUGCAAAAAUUCAAGCAGUUCAGUUUGGUGGUUUGUGAUCAUCCAUCUUCCUCUUGAUUAUAUUCCAGAGGGUUUUAAUUAAGUAAAAUCAAAGAAACUUGUCAUUUUUAAGUGGUGUCUUUUUUUCCAGAGCUGUAUAGCUGAAUAUAUAGGACAUUUGUAGUUUUUCAAUUAACAAUUACAGACUGUAGUCCUGUAUAUGUUUCUCUGUAUACUUUAUUAUUAUCCUCCUUUUUUCAGAAGGAGGAUAAUAAAAUAUGCAGAGAAAAACAUAGAAACACUACAGUUAAUUACUACAGAACUACAAAUUGUACUAUAAUAGAAGAAACAGAAAGGUGGUCAAUGUUAUGCUUCAUCUGUGUAAGUUUUUCUGUGUACUAAUGAUAAAGAAAAGCAAUACUGCAGGCCGAGCGUGGCCGCUCUCUCUCUCUGUUCUGUAGCAGGUUGCGUUUUUAAUAUGUAUAUAUCUGGCAUCCUGAAGGCCAGACGGAGAAGAAGUCUUCCUGAUCAAAGCAUGUGAUCGUAGUUCAGCUCUCUGCUCUGCUCAUCCUCCAUCUGUUCGACAAUCAAUCAGUGUUGCAGUGUACAGAUCCAGAAUACAGAACGGAUCAGAUCAGCUCAUCCCUUGCAUAGCGUAACUCUCAUUGCUGUAAAUAGGAAUGCUCUGAAUUUUAUCCCGCAGUCGGAUCGCGGCGUUUCCUCAGUGUACGGGAUUUAGCUCCAGCUGACUCGCUGAGAGAGGACCGCCGCCGGCUCCGGGUUCUGCUUGCUUCUGUUCAUGACGGUGUAGGUUUGUAUGCAUUUUUGGUUUUGUACACUUUUUAAUAAAUGCUCUAAACAUGA